AUGCCUCCAAACCCGUCGACAUUCACUGCGCUCAAUGUGCCAUCCGGUUACAGGUUACCAGAAAGCCUGGAGUAUUUCUCCCUUGCAGCACGUCCAGACACAGACCUUUGGCGCAAGCCACCAGACCGCGAAACAUCCACAGCGCCAAUACUAUACACAUCUCUCCAAAGGCCAUUCGUCCUUGCUGAAGUCACAGUCACAGCAGACUGGGAGAUGGAAUGGGACCAGGGUGGUUUAGUUAUAUUUUCAGGCCCUCCCCCAGGACCACGUCUGAUCCAGCCCAAUAACAGCAAUGAGCUCGUCCCAACCACAGUUAUCAAUCUUGAUAAUAACAACAGUUCAGUCGAUGCCGGGGAGCAGCAUCAACAACCACCACAACCACCUCCGUAUCCAGACUUUAACUUGGGCCAAGGUAAAUGGGUCAAGGCUGGACUUGAGUUCUCCGCGGGAACCGUCAAUGCGUCGUCCGUCAGCGCCACAUCAGACGGAGCAGACUGGUGCCUCUCUCCCUUAGCGCCGCCCAAUCAGCCAACAAGUAUAACGUCUCUGCGAAUCAAACUAGAGCGCAUUGGCCAUUCUCUCUGGGUAUGGUAUCAAAUCCCACCAUCCUCGUUUUCUACAGACCAGGAAUCCAGUCAUAGCCCGGGCUCGGCUGCCCAAUCAUGGCGGAAACUGCGCGAAGUAACAUGGUUUUUCUGGGGAGUUGAAGACAAAAGCGUGCAUAUUGGCGUUUACGCCUGUCGACCAGCAAAUAUCUCCAUAUCUAGUACCAUGUGGGCGGCGAGAAACGGCGGGCAAUAUUUUCAUGACAAUCGCCCAUCGCCCAACUCGCUAGUGGUGGAUUUUGAAGAUCUUGAAAUAUUUUAA